CCUCAAUCUCGGUUAAUAAUAUUUCAUCAAACAAGUAUGGAUCUUCCAAAAUGUGAAAUCCGGAAUGACUGAGGAGACAUUACCUAUCUAAUUAAGAGUUCUCCUGACAGCAUACUGGAUGAAGACAUCUUCGUGUGCAAGAAAUGCGCCAUGAGCCUUUAUGUUCAGGAAAAAUCCAUCGAAAUAGCUGAUGCUGAAACAAUAUUGGAUUGCCUAAACUUUUCAGAGCAUAAUAUAGCAAAGAUUGAUAACUUCAAAGAGUCUUAUAACUUUGAAGAGUUAUGGAAGAAGAUGCUGCCAGAUCUGGAAGCAUUUACUAUCAAGAGUAUUGAGCUCAAAGAUGAACUAGAAACAGCAGAUAUUAUAAAUGACUGGAAAAAGAUGGUAGAUAUCCAAAUUCAAGCAAGAUUGUUGCUCGAAUCAAUUCUCAAUUCAAAGCUUUACAAGGAGUAUAUCAGACAAACAAAUUACAUGAAUUUUCGUGACCAAGAAGCUAAAAAGAAGCCAAAAUAAGAGUCUACAUAAAAACACUGAAAAAUCUAAGAGUACCACCAAAAUAUCCGAACACAUCAAAGUUAGAGAACAAUUACAGGAAGAAAAUAAGCUAUUUCAGCAAAGUGAUUUACAGACUAUGCAUAAGGAUCAUAUCUUUAGCCAAAACCCAACAACAAUUGUUGAGAAAGAUAGUCAACCAGCAUCUUUUCAUCAAGAGAUUGAGCAUGAGAAGAAAGAUAUUGGUCAGCAGCAAGAUAUUAUCCAACAAGUACCCGGAAUCAGCUCUCUGGAAAAUGAUAAAGCUCGACUAAAUAAUACUAAUAAAACACUGAAUAAUGACAAGAGCCAUCUUGAAAAGAAGUAUACUAAGAAAAGUCAAGAUAUCAAAGAGCUUCAGCAGGAAUUGGACAGCCUGAAUAAGAAAGGCAAGAAGAAGCAUCAUAACAUCACAAAAUUACAGGAACAGACUACUCCUCUUGAAGAGAGAAAGGAAGAUGAGCUACAAGGAAUAUUGAUGAAAACACAUCCGAAGGAUUCUGAAAAUAACACAGGAGAGGAAAAGAUUUCAGAAAGUGAAAAAGCGGGACUCAAAAAUAAAGUUAACGAAACAAAUUCAAAAUCUUGCAUAAAAGAGGAAAUUGACCCUCUGGAAGAAACGAUAUCGAUGAAGGAUACUGAUUUGGAAGGCUCUAAAGGAGAGAUUCUAAAUAAUGUUGAUUCCUCUGCCACUGAGAAGCCAUCAAUAAAAACAUUCUGAACCCAACCAAAGAAAAAGAAAAAGGGCAAACAAAAAUACUGAAGAAAAGGCCAAGCCUGAGUCAAUAAUAAAAUAUUACCUCAGACUGUACCCAUUCAGCAAAACUCUUCAAAAACUGAAUCAAAUUUUAAAGAUCUACAGACAAAUUCUCGAUUAGAGCUCGUCACUGCCAUAAAGAAGAGAGUUACAGAUAUUCUUAACAAUGAAAACACUCCAGAAUUUUCUGGCACGGUUGUAAGAGGUCUUUGCAAGUUACUUAAAGAAUUGAGAUGCACAAAUCAAAGAAGAGUGUUUAUUAAGACGAUUAUAACAUGAGCAAUUAAAGAGAAAAAGAAAGAUAAAGAAAUAAUGUAUGCAUGUUUGUUAAGAAAACUAAGUGAGGAGGAUAACAACGGAACACAAGAGCCCAAGCCGAACUCUGUUCUUAAAUCUUUGCCGCAUAAGAUUAAUUUCACUGAAGAGCUCCUUGAAGAAAUCAGAUUACUCUUUAUUGACAUUCUCAAACAGUCAACUUCAGACGAGGAAACAACCAACAAGCAGAAGGAGGAUAUUGGAAAGGAUUCAGAAAAUGUCUAUCUUCGUAGUUCGCUUCUAAAAUAUCUUAAGUUAGAAAGUGAGCUCUUCAAAUUGAACGUAUUUCUACCUAAUCUGCAAGUAGAAAUACUCCAAACUUUGAUAGGAAAUUACACUAUUGAGCUCGAUUUUACAGAGAAUGAAUUUACUAUUGAAGCUGCUUGUCUCUUCUUGAGAGAUGUAGGGCCAAAACUAGAUCAAACAUUCGCAGCCUCAGCAAAAGAUGGAGAUAAAGAAUUCUUACCGUUAGAUUGCAGAUGGGGCUACAAUGAAGCUUUGGACAUUCUUUAUAGUUAUCAAGUUCGUCAAGACUUAAGUCCUUCACUGAGAAACUAUAUCAUGAUGAUACUUGAUAUGAGAGCCACUGGUUGGGGAACUGGGUUACCUCCUCAAGCUUCUUCUCAAGAUCAUCUUGAUCGCAAAAAGGCGAAAAAUCUACCUUCAGAGUUUAAAUGUGAUCAUCCUUAUGCCUUGAGGAUGCUAUUGAUGACAGUGUUUAUGAGCUGGCACGAAAGCUGCAUCUGUAACAAGGAUUUCCUAGGCACAUUCAAGAAUAGCCCCUACGGAGCAACAAUUCUGACGAUAUACCUCGAAUCGGUGUAUUACUUGAGAAAAGAAGCUUAUGAUUGCUUCGUCACUUUCUUCUAUAUUCUCUACGAGCAACAUAUAAUUUCGGAUGAGGAUAUAUAGAAAGCGGGUUGGUCAGUUUCUUUAAAAGACUUCCUCGCUUUGAAGCAGGAUUACCUCAUCUUAGUGAUCCGCUAAGCGAUUUGUUAUAUUUUAUAUUCAUUUCACGUGGAAUUGGAGAUUUUGGAACAGUUUUGACAAAAACUGAAUUUGACAAGAUCAUAAUCUCCAAAGAAGAAAACAAAGGCAUUGAUAUCUUCUUCGAAAUAUUCGCUUCCCUCCUAUUCAAAAUCCACCAAUUCCUUGGCUUAGACAUAAUGAAAACCUUCUACUCAAAAUCCAACCUCGAAACCGCAUGCAAACUCCUCCACCCCCACAUCCACUACACCCACCUCUUCUCCGACUUAUCCAACCAAUCCAUCCCCUCCACCAUCAUCGAGCUCCUCGAUCUCCCUUCUUCCUAAACCAAAAAAUCAUU